CUAUCUACGGUGGGUUCCCGCGGGGCUUGGGAAUUGCGGCUGAGUGGGUUGCGUGUAGGGUCCAGGCUUCCCGGGAUGUCUGUGGCCUUUGUACCGAACUGGCUGCGGGGCAAAGCGGAAGUGAAUCAAGAGACUAUCCAGAGGCUCCUGGAGGAGAAUGACCAGCUGAUUCGCUGCAUCGUGGAGUAUCAGAACAAGGGCCGGGCCAACGAGUGCGUCCAGUACCAGCACGUGCUACACCGAAAUCUGAUUUAUUUGGCUACCAUUGCUGACGCCAGCCCAAGCAGCACUCCAAAACCACUGGAGUAGUCCUCCGUGGCUGCUGUCACCCUCCGCCUGCAGAAUGGAGAGGGGGGUGUUCCCAACUUAGCUGCUGAAAAUGGGGACGCAGCCUCUGCGACGUUUGACGAGCGAAGAAAGCUCCUGGGUUACCGUUCUCUUCAGUGCACACAUUUAAUACCGCAGAUCCCUCCGUGUUGACCUGGUGGCGGUGCCGUGGUGUAAGCCAUGUGCUGCUCACCGAAGGGUCAGACACUGAUACCCCCCAGCUGCUCCGAGGGAGAAAGAGGAGGCUGCCCACUCCUGGACAGAUGACAGUCUUGGAAACCCUGUGGGGCAGUUCCAGUCUGAGCUUCAGGGUUGCUAGGGGUCAGCGUCAUCAACUUUGGGUGGGUUGGUUCUAUGUUGAGCCAGGGUAGCCUCUGUGCUGACAUGGGGGUCCCACCCUCAAGCCUGCUGUUUUAGUGUCAGUCUGGGGGGAAAAAACAAAACCCUGCAUGGAUAACUGGACGAUCAGCAGGGAGUGGGGAGACUCCUGACUCAGACCUUGCUAAACGACCCCAUGGUCCCCUCCUGCCAGUCGGGGUGCCUGAAACCGCUCUUCAGCAUGCUUUGGCAUAAAGUCUUCUUAGCCACGGAAGACUAGUGUGGAGGUGUAAAACGUUUCAGUGUAGUAAGUGUCCCGCCCAGAAAAAAAUAAAAUAAUAGUACAGCAUGA